AUGCACCUAUUCGCCCGCGCCGGACGCGCCGCAGCGCUGCGGACGCGACCAGCUCGCGCGCUCUCGUCGGCGGAGCCGCCGAUGGCGCUCAACGACCUCGCACCAAACCCCGGCUCCAACAAGCGCCCCAAGAUCCGGGUGGGCCGCGGUAUUGGUAGUGGCAAGGGCAAGACGGCGGGCCGCGGCCACAAGGGGACGAAGGCGCGACAGGGCGGCUCCGUGCGGCCCGGGUUCGCGGGCGGGCAGACGCCACUGCACAAAGCCCUGCCGAAGGUCGGCUUCACGUCUAGAAGAGAGGCCUUUGACGUCGUGAACGUGGGGAGUUUGCAGAAGUGGAUCGAGAAUGGAAGGCUGGAGCCCUCUGACACAGAGAUGCUGACGAUGCGCGACCUGAACACGAGCGGCCUCGUGAACCUCAAGGGGAGCACGGCCGGCGUCAAGUUGUUGGGCGAGGGCGAGAUCACGUCAUCAGUGCACAUCGAGGUGUCGCGCGCGUCGGCGUCGGCGAUCAAAGCCGUGGAGGACGCGGGCGGCACCGUGACCUGCGCGCACUACAACCGCCUCGCGCUGCGGGCGUUGCUGAAGCCGCACAAAUUUGAACAAAUGCCGCGGCGCGCGCGGCCGCCGCCGCGCUUGAUGCGCUACUACGUCUCCGACGAGAAGCGCGGCGAGUACUCGCCCCUCGUGCAGCUGCGGAACCGGCGGCUCGGCCUGCGGCGGCGGGGCGCGGGGCACGCGGCGAAGGCGAUGGGCGGUGAGUAA